CACCAGCCGCUAUUUCUGGCACUUGCUCCCAGGGGGACAUGGGGAAAGUCACUGUGUCCCCCCCGGGGAUGUUCUGCCAGGGAUGCUCUCUGCCACCGCAGCUCCCAGCCUCAUCCCGGGCGGUGAUGGUUACAGCUCUGGGGGUGCUGGGACCCCUGUGCCCCCCAUUCCCCGGUGGGGACAGAGGUGCUGGGUGUCCCCCCGCCACCCAGGGAAGGCUGUGGGGUUGGAGCCACUGCCGGUGGCAGCUCCCAGGACCAUCCCUUCCCCCAUCGCUCUGCCACUGGGACAUGCUGAGCUCCCGCAGACCCCGCUCCAUCCCCAGGACCCAGCCAGGCAGCACCGGUCCUUGGCCCCCCACGGCCAGAUCCUGCACCCGGUGUCCCCACAGCCCAGCCUGCUCCGGGGGCUGCCCCUGGCCGGGUUCAUCCCUGCCGUGGGGUCACCGGUGGUUGUCUGUCCAUCCGUCCGUCUGUCCCCCAGGCAGGACAUGGACUCCAUGUUCGAGGACGACAUCAGCAUCCUGACGCAGGAGGCGCUGGGGCCGGACGAGGACUGGCUCGACAGCCCCAACACCGACCUCUCGGGUGAGAUGUGCUCGGCCUCCCACUUCGCCCUCAUCACCGCUUACGAUGACAUCAAGAACCGGCUGACGGGGCUGGAGAGGGAGAACUCCACGCUCAAGCGCCGGCUCAAGAUGUACGAGGUCAAGUACCCGCUGAUCAGUGAGUUUGGGGAGGAGCACAUCUUCUCCCUCUACGAGGCCAAGGAGACAUCGCUGCUCAAGAGUGAGAAGGCAUCGCUGCAGCAGCAGCUCAACCAGUUCCAGCAUGAGCUGCAGAAGAGCAAAGAGCGGGAGGAGCAGCUGGAGGAGAUGAUCCAGGCCUACGAGAAGCUCUGCGUGGAGAAGGCUGACCUGGAGACCGAGCUGGGAGAGAUGCGGGCGCUGGUGGAGACGCACCUGAGCCGCAUCCGGAGCCUGGAGCAGCAGCUGCGGCAGCGCGAUGGCAGCGCCUUCCCUGGGCUGGGUGCCCCGCUGCCGGGCCAGGAGGUGCCAUUCCUCACCCUGCACCCCAACCCCGGCCUGAGCCACGUGCUGGAGCGGCCGGGGGGCUGGCAGAGCCGGGGGCUGGAGGCCGAGCUGGAGGCGGCACGGCAGGAGACCCAGCGCGCCCAGCACCGCGAGGAGCAUCUCAAGGCCGAGUGCGAGCGGCUGCAGGCGGAGCUGAAGCAUCUGCAGGACACCCAGGAGCAGGACCAGUCGGAGCGGGACAUGGCCUGGGUGAAGAAGGUGGGCGAUGACCAAGUGAACCUGGCGCUGGCCUACACCGAGCUGACGGAGGAGCUGUGCCGCCUGAGGAAUCUCAGCUCCCUGCAGAGCCAGAUCCUCCGUGCCUUGCUGCAGGAGAAGAACCUCAAUGGCGGCCAGCGCCACUCCCCACUGUCCCAGUGCCACUCGCCAGCCCAGCAGCGCCGCUCGCCUGCCCCACAGUGCCCCUCGCCCGCUCCACCGGGACGUGCCGCGGCGCCCCAAUGCCAGUCGCCAGCACUCCAACGGCGCUCGCCGGGCCCCCCCAGCCAGUCGCCAGCCCAGCAGCGCCGCUCGCCAGCCCCUGGUCCCUGCCAGUCCCCUGCCCAGCAGCGCCGGUCCCCAGUUCCUCCUUCCAGCCAGUCACCUGCCCAGCAGCGCCGGUCCCCAGCACCACCAGCCUGCCCGUCCCCAGCUUCGGCAUCACCGCACCGGCUGCCUGGCGAGAGGAUGGAGCUGGGCUACGCCAAACCCUCCAGCCGCCACAUCAAGGCCGGCUUCCAGGGCCGCCGCAGCUACUCGGAGGUGAGCAACGUGGCCCUGUACCAGCAGAGCCGCUCGCUCUGGCUCCAGCCCGAAGCCUCGACGCUCCCCAAGCACAGGCCCUAUGGCGAGGUGUACCUGGGGGGUGCGGGAGCCCCCCUGAGCGCCCGGGAGCCCUUCGAGGAGCAUGUGCGUUUCGAGAAGCAAUCGUCGGAUGAAGAGGAGUGGGCGCUCCCCAGCCCCCCCAGCCCCGAGGCGGGGGCUAUCCGCUGCGCCUCCUUCUGCGCCGGCUUCCCCAUCCCCGACGCCGACGCCGCGCACCGGACGGCUGCUGCCUAUGCCCGGGCAGAACACGCUCAGUCCUGGCCCUCCAUCAACCUGCUGCUGGAGACGGUGGACUCGGAGGUGCGGAGCUGCCCGCUGUGCCAGCUGGCCUUCCCCAUCGGCUACCCGGACGAUGCCCUGGUAAAGCACAUCGACUCGCACCUGGAGAACAGCAAGAUCUGAGCCUUCCCCCCCUUCCCGAUCUUUGGAUGCUGCAUGGAAAACACACGAGGAGCAACACGGCUCCCGAAAUACCUCCAAGUCUUCAGUAGCUACAGAAAGACUGAGCCCCCACCCCCACCCCAGAGCCCCUGGCCCCCCAUCAGCGGGCCCCUCCGCUCCUGCCUCGCCCCAUCCCUGCAUCCGCACCGGGUUUGGAUGCUCAAAUCGGGGCGCCAGGAUAACGCCAUCCCCGGGUGGCGGCUGGAGGGGACCCCUCUGCACCCUUGGGCGUCAUCUGCACCCUUGGGUGUUGCUGCUUGAUCUCAGGGAGGAUUUGAGGGGCUGGGUCCUGGAUCCAGCUCCCAGGACGCAGGUGAAGGGAAGGGGCUGUGCCUUCCCCAGCUCCUCGGGUCAGAGUUGGGUUUGGGGGGGGUGGGAGGUGGGGGGGCAGCUGCUUGUUCUUAGUCCCCCUUGCCUUGUCUCACCGGUUUAAGCAUCUUUCCACUCUUUUACAUUGAAAGCCCCCUCCCCAUUUCUCCCCCCUCCCCACAAGGAUGCUGCUGAGGGAUAAACCCCGAGGCACAGCAUGACACACACACACCCCCCCUUGCACUGGGCUCUGUGGCCUGAGGGCUCUCCCUGACCCUGACACACACACACACCCCAGUGUGGGGACAGUGCAGCCCCCCCAGCGCCCCCCCUCCCUUCCUGCUUUAGCCCAGGGCUGCAGGCGGCUGCUCAGCCUGAGCCCCCCGCCCUCUCACCCCCAUUUCCCCCACGUUCAAUCUACCUCACAGCUGCCGGGAGAGGGGGAGUUCACAGUGCCGUGCCCCCCCCCCGAGCUGCUCUGCGCUGCAUGUGUCCCCCCCAUACCACGGCGUGCACCCCCCAUGCACCGCCAGGGGCUUGACCAAGUGCAGCCCCCCCACUGCACCGGGACCCCCGGGCAGAGGGAUCCGUGCUCUCUGCAACACCACCAACUCCAAUAAAACCUUUCCAGCGCCCAAAA